AUGGACCUAGCCUUCUUCGACCCGGACAGCACGCAUGCCGACCACCUGCGCGCCGCGCUCGAGGCACACGUCGCCGCUGACGCCCGGCGCGCCGCCAAGUACGGCGUCGCCACUGCCGCCAGCGACGACGACGUCAACCACGACGACGACUGCUACCUGUGGCCGCGCGGCACCACGCCCGACGACGUUCGUGCCGCGUACGACGACCGGUUGAGCGCUGCGAUGAGGGAGUUGAGGGAGGCGACGGUGGAGUCGGACGAGGAGGAGGAGGAUGAUGGCGAUAGGGUCGGCGUGCAGCCGUUGCCCCGAGCGAUCGCCGGGAAGGGAUGGAAGGGUGAUUUGGCCACGCCGCCAUCGAGUGGGGAUGAGGAGGAGCGGGUGGCGGUCGGUGGGAAGAGGAAGAGAGGGUGUGAGGAGGAUGCCAUGCUUGGGUGCGAGAACGGCGCGAAGAGGCUGCGUGUGGACACGGACUUUACGAGGUGA